AUGUCGGUCAGCAUCAAGACUCUCGAACACCGCCUUGGCUUCAAGUGGGCCACUGGCUUCUCAAGGCAAACGAGCGAAGUCUUGACCAUACCGGUCACGCGAGCUCUCGCAAAAGACGUUGAGGCUCUAAAGACGAACUACCAAGGACUCACCCAAGGCGAACUUCGUAGCAGCAAGGACUUUGCUCAAGACUGUGAAGCAAUCUUCCAUCACUAUGGUCCUCACAUCUGGCCAGCGAGAAUCACCACCGACACUUCCGACUGGCUUGUAGACGCCACGUCCAAUGACUGGCAGGGUCUUUGGCCGCGCAAUCUCACCUAUUCGGACCUGCGAGAUCAAGAGACACUUCGUCACCUGUUCCACAACCUUCUCUUUGGCAAAUGCGCUCAAUAUCACAACAACCACUCCAGAAGCGCCGAGGAGGGCAGAAAGUCUCGCAAGUCCACUCCCUCAGAUUCGGCUCGGCCUACACCCGUUCAUGAUUCUCUUUCCGAUGGAGUGCCGGAGAAGAGUGUCCACAGCGGAAAGUCAGCUGUUAAUGAUACUUCGGGGGCAGAGGAUCCUCCAGCCCAGAAAGCCAGAAAGUCGAAGCCGAAACUGCUGCGUUUGAGCUACUCGGGUGCCUCCAGGUCCGCGGCAUCUGACGACUCGGAUUCAGAUGAACCUCUCAGACACAAAGUCGCGCGACACUCGGUCAAGGCAAGCAUAGCACCCAAAUGUUCAUCACGCAUGGUUAUUCUGAAGCUGCCGGCUGACAAGCUUAAGGCAAAGAUGGUUGAGCUGAGCAUAGAAGACGCGGACACCGGUGCCGCACAUCAACGCCAAGACCCUGUUGCAGCUCGUCCUUCUCCUUCAUCGCAACAAGGUGCCAUGGCCACGGACGUGACCACCAAAGUGUCGCCAACGAUGCCGGAGAACCGUGCUAAGCCGUCAACGGCGUGGAAGCCGAUCGAUUGGGGUCCAGCUCCCCAGCUUCCAACGCCAGUGGGAAGCCGUAAUAGAAGCACUGCGGCGUCGUCCCACACUCACCCGCUGCCAAGCCGCACCUUCACUCAACGAGAGGGCCCUGCAAAGCGGUUCGGUUCUUCGGAGAUGCCGGCGACAACCUCCAGAGUCAUUAGCACGCCAAAACCGGUCAACAUCGAACUCCGCACGAACGAAGAGGACGCACGCUUGUACGUCUGCGUUAACAUCCGCACCAGUCUGGAUGACCUCUUCGCCAAAGUGCAGAAGCGCAUCAACCAUCGGGUCGGCGGAAAACGAGUGCGAGGUCUCGUCUUGCGUGAUGAGACUGCCUCCGACGCAAAGCAAUUCGACGUCAGAAGCGAUGACCCGGACACGUGGAAGCUGUGCUUGAGGACGUUUGCGAAAGGUGCAGGCGAGGAGAUUGAUCUCGUUGGGCGUGUGGAAGUCUAG